AUGCAUUUCGCCACAAGCUAUCUGCUACUAUGUGUUGCGCUUUCUGCUACUUUUCUCGCCCAACAAUUAUGUCAUGCGGCCAAGCCCGAUUCAGAUGAUGACUAUGAGCCGCGUCACUUGACCAACGAUCAAUCGUCUUUUUUUCAGUCGCAAUCGGACUCACCAUUCUCACACGACUACGCGAGAGAUGAUGCUGCAGUUAGACGAAAAGGACGUGUGGAGACACACAAAGUGACGGAAUUGAAUCGCUUGCAAGUGAACACCGAAUCAAGAUAUUCCGAGUCUGAUUCUUCUGAUUCGGAGUCGGAGAGUCGAGAUGCUGGCUCGGAGUACGAUGAGGAUGAGGAUGGAGAUGAGUAUUAUGAGGAUAGUGGUGAAGAAAGCAGCACAGACAGCAGUAGUGGUGAAACACUGCCUCGUUUAUUGUCGCAAUCGGCAUUUAAUCGUAUUUCUGAAACUUUGGGUGCACUCAAUACAAUGGGUCAUUUGUUGGUGGACAUUACACGAGGUGGCCAUGAACCUAAACCGGAAGCACAUGAAGAGCCCAUAGUGAAUGAUGCAAGUGCUGGAGUCAUUGCCUCUACCGCUCUAAAUACAUUUAGUACUCCGAGUUCUCCAACUGUUAUUACAACCACAGCAACGCCAUCUAGGAAAUUUAAUGAUAUCAAUCCGACUGCGAAAAUUAUCGCAUCUCAGCCAAUUGAGAACAAUCUAAUAAGCGAACAGAAAGUUACGGAAUUGUUGACUGCAGACAAACGUGUGGGAGAAACGGGUACACCAGCCAAACCAAUGUUUGUGGAGACUAAAGAAAUCAAGAAAAAGAAAAAGAAGAAGAAGAACCGCAACAAGGUGAAGAAACCUGCAUCCGAGUCAGCGCUUAUUGCCACCAACGGGCAACUGCAACAGCUAAACAAAGUAUCAACAACAUUAAGACCGACCACGACGACAAUGCCAACAGUUACCCAAUCAAUAGACCGUUCUGAUCAAGUGGCCGCAACUACUGAAGAUGUUUCUGCGAAAGAUGCGGAGAACUUUUGUAAAACACCCAGCGGUCGACCCGGGCGUUGUGAAGAUUUGAGCAGUUGUCCCGCCUUAUUAUUAAACUUGAGCAGUCUCCGCGAGUCACUCUGCUUUAAGAGCCUAUUCGUACCGGGUGUGUGUUGUCCCUUACCGGAGUCUUCAGCUGUAGUCACGACGCAACGGCCACUCAAGCUGACAACGAAAGCGCCUACUACGGCACACACAACGAAACGGCCAACAACACGAAAGCCAGCUUCCUCGCCAAGUUUGGUUUUAAUACCGCAGUUGAAACCUUCUACUACAACAACAACGACAACGCAAAAUCCACUAGGUAAUGAACUGGAACUUAUAGGCAAUAAUAAUAUUGUGGACCCUGAAGAGUGUGGACAGCAGGAAUAUUCAUCGGGCCGUAUUGUGGGUGGUGUUGAAGCGCCGAACGGUCAAUGGCCAUGGAUGGCGGCAAUCUUUUUGCAUGGACCCAAACGUACCGAGUUCUGGUGUGGUGGUUCGCUCAUUGGCACGAAGUACAUUUUGACAGCUGCUCAUUGUACGCGAGACUCGCGGCAAAAACCUUUCGCAGCGCGACAAUUCACCGUGCGACUAGGCGAUAUUGACUUAUCUACAGAUGCUGAGCCCUCGGCGCCGGUCACAUUUACCGUGAAGGAAGUGCGUGCGCAUGAACGUUUCUCACGUAUCGGCUUCUAUAACGACAUCGCCAUUUUGGUGCUGGACAAGCCAGUGCGUAAAUCCAAAUACGUGAUACCGGUUUGCUUGCCGCGCGCCGGACGUGCGCCACCCAAAGAGCGUUUGCCGGGUCGUCGUGCGACGGUAGUUGGUUGGGGCACCACCUACUAUGGCGGCAAGGAAUCGACCACGCAACGCCAAGCUGAGUUGCCUAUAUGGCGUAACGAAGACUGUGAUCGUUCGUACUUUCAACCCAUAAAUGAGAAUUUCGUCUGUGCUGGCUACUCGGAUGGUGGCGUGGAUGCCUGUCAGGGCGACUCUGGUGGUCCACUUAUGAUGCGUUUUGAGUCGCGUUGGGUUCAACUCGGCGUUGUAUCGUUCGGCAAUAAAUGUGGCGAACCUGGAUACCCUGGCGUUUACACAAGAGUUUCGCAAUACUUGGAUUGGAUUCGUGAUCACACGCGUGACUAGGCGCUAGAGACAAUGUAUUGUCUUGGAAAAUGUUGUUUUAGUUGUAAAUGUUUUUUUUUAACUAAUUUAAAUAAGGUUACGAAUCACUAGUCUACAUAAUUUUUUAUGUGCAUCGCGUAUUUACAUAGUUCCGAUAUUUAUUAACCUUCUAAAAAACUCCAUAUUAGUUUGUAUAGAAUG